AUGGCUGCCACCACCGUCUCCGCCAGCCUCAAGGCCACGUCCCUUGUGCAGCCUAAGGUCAAUGCCGCCUCCCUGAAGGCCGCUCCCGUGUCUCAGGCUUUCGGCCUGAAGACUGCCUCCUCCAAGGUGUCCUGCUCCCUGGAGGAGAACGUCCGCGGCUUCGUCCAGAAGGCUGCUGAUGCCGGCAAGACCGCUGCUCUUGCUCUCGCCUCGACCGCCCUGCUUGCAUCGGCUGCCCAGGCUGAGAUCCCCAGGCUGACCUUCGAUGAGCUCCAGAGCCUGACCUACUCUGAGGUGAAGGGCAGCGGCAUCGCCAACCAGUGCCCCAUCAUUGCUGGUGGUGUUGAUGGCUUCGCCUUCAAGUCCGGCAAGUACCAGCUCACCAAGAUGUGCCUGGAGCCCACUUCCUUCACCGUGAAGGCCGAGUCCCAGUUCAAGGGCCAGGGCGAGGAGUUCCAGAAGACCAAGCUCAUGACCCGCCUCACAUACACCCUGGACGAGAUUGAGGGUCCCCUUGAGGUCUCCGGCGACAAGAUCAAGUUCACCGAGGUUGACGGCAUUGACUACGCCGCUGUCACCGUCCAGCUGUCCGGUGGCGAGAGGGUGCCGUUUCUCUUCACCAUCAAGGAGCUGGUUGCCUCCGGCACGCCCGACAGCUUCGGCGGGUCCUUCCUGGUGCCAUCUUACCGCGGUGCCACGUUCCUUGACCCCAAGGGCCGUGGUGGUGCCCAAGGAUACGACUCUGCCGUUGCCCUCCCUGCUGGUGGCUUCGGUGACAACGAGAAGCUGAGGAAGGAGAACGAGAAGUCGUACAAGUCCUUGAGCGGCAACAUCACCUUCAGCGUGGCAAAGUCGAACGUUGAGACUGGCGAGAUUGGCGGAGUGUUCACCAGCGUCCAGCCCUCUGACACUGAUAUGGGUGCCAAGGUUCCCAAGGACGUUAAGAUCCAGGGCAUCUGGUACGCCCAGGUUUCCUGCGCAGCUCCCGUGAACCAGGAUGCGCUGAAGGUUGCGGGAUUUCCACAAGUUUAUUGUGGGCGUGGGGACAAGCGUACCGCGAAAGGGAAGAGGACUCGUGGAUCCUUUGGCAACUGCCGGCCGAAGUCUUCGAAGGGCAAGAGCCGCCUGGGCCUGCCUCUGACGCCAGUGCCAGCUGGGAGCGGCUAUCGCAAGCGGCUGGAGGACGACACAGAGUACAUCCACAUCGACCUGGACGAGGAGAUCAACCGAUAA